AUGUCUCUCUUUUUAGAAUGUGUAGAUCUUGAGGCCCCUUACUAUAUUGGUAAUGGACCCUAUGUUUCCUCAGUAACCAUAGAAGUUAUACCUGCCACUGCUACUACUAUUGUCGUAUCUCAAGAACAUGUAGCAAAACAAGCUCACCAAUGGACAUAUGAUGACAGGAAGAAGGUGGCUAUUGACACCAAAGCCAGAACUGUCAUUGUUAUGGCACUCCCUGAUGAGGAGAAGUAUAAGAAGAUCAAAAACCACAAUCGGAAAAGAAAAAGCAUGAUUGCUGAAGAUCGUGACUGGACGGACUCUUCUAAUGAAUCCUCCUCCGACGAAGAAGAUAUGACCUAUCUCUGUCUUAUGGCCAAGAUCAAAGAAGUUAAGGAUGAGCCAUCUGAAACUUCUUCCUCAACAAAAUAUUCUAGUACUUCUCAGGUAGAUCAAAAUUUCGUGUUGCGUAGGAAGCAACUUGAAAAGAUUAUAGAAGCAAUCAAGUAUUUUAACCUUCAUUUACCAAACCUCAAAAACUAUAAAAGGAAUUCUGAUGUAGCAUUGUUAAGAAAAAGGAUUGCACGUAAAGCCAUCACGGUUCAGCCUCCAAAACAGAAACAAUCUUUUAUACAUUGCUUAAAGUCUAAAAGAAUUUUGUCUAAUGAUACCAACAUGGAAAGUUGGCAAGAUUUUCUUCGUAGACCAUCUAGUCAUCAUGGUCGAGUCCUCAAACCAAGGCGUCGACGGAGAAAGCGGCGGCGGAGGCGGAGGCGCCGCCAACCGCGUCCACUACCAUUAGGCCCUGCACCAGUGCAAUCACCAGCUCCAUCUCAGAGGGCACCUUCUCCAACAACAACACCUAACGGGGCUCCAUCGCCAGUAUCUACUCCUAACAGGGCUCCAUCUCCAACACAAACUCCUAAUGGGGCCCCAUCUCCAACAUGGACUCCUAAAGGGUCCCCAUCUCCGAAGCGUGGGCCCUUGCUUGAACCUUCUCCCAAGCUUUCACCUAAACCUUUACCUGAUGUGGAUCGUCUUCCACAGGAAAAAACAGAAAAGGCACCGAUUUUGCCUCCAAAAGACGAAGACAAUAGCAACGAGCGUAAGUUGCUAAUUAUUGCUGUAGCUUCAAGUACAGUCGCAGCAUUUGCCAUUCUCUUGUUGUUUGUAGUUUGCUUUUCUAGACUAAAGAAACGGAAAAAGGAACCUAAUGAUGGACGAAGGGAUGGGAGGCUUUUUCCUAUCGGAUCUUCACAGAAAUCCAAGAAAGUUGGAAGUACAAAAGAUGUGAUCCAAAAUUUGCCAACCAGUGGUGCUUCCAUGCCAGGAGGUCAAGUAGCAGGAGUUGGAUCGUUACCACUUCCACCAGGAAAAACUGCUCCUCCACCACCACCACCAUCACCACAAUCACCACCACCACCACCACCACCACCACCUCCACUACCACCACAUUCUGUCCCUGAAGCACCCCCACCCCCACCACCCCUAAAGGAUGCUAAUGUACCUAAUCCUCCCAAAAACAAACCACCCCCACCUACUGGUUUACAUCACCGGGGCCACUCUGGAGAUGAAAAUAACCAAGGGGAUUCUGAUGCCAAUAAAACCAAGUUAAAGCCAUUUUUCUGGGACAAGGUCAACACUAGUCCUACCCGAUCAAUGGUUUGGCAUGACAUCAAAGCCGGAUCAUUCCAGUUCAAUGAGGAGAUGAUGGAAAAUCUAUUUGGUUAUGGUACGAGCAAUCAAACUAAGAAUGAGAGUGGAAAAACCACUCCAAACAUAAACUCUCAACCCAAGUUGAUUCAGCUUAUUGAGCCCAAGAAAGCACAGAAUUUGGCAAUUCUUCUAAAAGCAUGGAAUGUAACAACGGAAGAAGUCAUUGAUGCCCUAAAGGAAGGUAAUGAACUUCCUGUAGAAUUUAUUUCAACUUUGUUGAAGAUGGCACCAACCCAAGAAGAAGAGCUAAAACUUGGGUCAUAUAGUGGUGAUGUUGCUCUUCUUGGCCCUUCCGAACGCUUCCUUAAAGUACUGGUUGAUAUCCCAUUUCCGUUCAAACGUCUUGAAUCUUUGUUAUUUAUGAGUUCCCUUCAGGAGGAAUCCUCUUCUCUUAAAGAAUCCUUUUCGAUUUUAGAGGUAGCUUGCACGACCCUCAGAAACAGUAGACUCUUUCAUAAACUUCUAGAAGCAGUUCUUAAGACCGGCAACCGUAUGAAUGUUGGUACGUAUCGUGGUGGGGCCCAGGCAUUCAAACUCGACACGCUUUUGAAACUGUCUGACGUCAAAGGCACCGACGGCAAGACCACCCUCCUGUCUUUCGUGGUCCAAGAAAUCAUUCGGUCUGAAGGAACUAAAGUUGCCCGAAGAGAAAUGGCAGCUAGUCAGAGUUCAUCGGAAGAUGAUCAACAACAACAAACCAAAGAACCACCGGAAUAUUACCGGCGGCUCGGCCUUGAGGUCGUUUCCAAGUUAAGUGAGGAACUUGCGGAUGUUAAAAAAGCCGCUGCCAUCGAUGGUGAUGUCCUAACAUCGACUGUUCUGAAGUUAGGACACAUGUUACGUAAAAUAACAGAUUUCGUAAACAAUGAGAUGAAAACUGUGGAAGAAGAAACCGGGUUUCGGACGUUCCUCGUGGAUUCGAUAGAUCAUGCGGAAGCCGAGAUCAGUUGGUUGUUGGAAGAGGAGAAGAGGAUAAUGGCGUUGGUGAAGAGCACAGGCGAUUAUUUCCAUGGGAAGUCAAGAAAAGACGAGGGUUUGCACUUGUUUGUGGUUGUCCGUGAUUUCUUGGUGCUUUUGGAUAGUGUAUGUAAUGAUAUAAGAAAAACGACGGCCAUUCAAGCAAGGCAUAAUCAAUCGAACUCGACUGCAACGACUCCUGAUGCAUCACCGGGGCUAAAAGUUCGUCGGGAUAAGCUAUUUCCGUCUAAUAAAGAUGGUCCCUCGGGUUAUUCGAGUUCGAGUGACGACAGCUUUUCGCCUUAGUUCUUGCUCUUAGUUCAAACAGAAAACGGGAAACCACAUAAAAUGAAUCUGUUAACGAAGGUUACAGAUUCGAUCACGAAGAAGGAACUUAAAAUACUUUAGCCGCGAUCAGGUAGUUGAAGAGAAACAAAUUCAAGAAUAUAGGGACCAUAUGUGAAUAAAAAGAAAGUUGGAUGCUUUACGAGUUCAAGAAGGUGGGGACUAGAUUGGAAUAUCUUGAAGUUGAAGGUCUUAAAUUGUAAAUGUAUAGAAGGGUGUAUACUGUAAAUUAUGAUUUUCG